AUGUCGGACCCCGCUCAAUCAGACAACACGGGCGCCAAUGAAGCAACCACAGCAAAUGCGCCUAAAAGCACUAACAAGAAGCAAAACGAGAAAGAAGCCCGAAAGGCAGCGCGCCUAGCUGAAGAAGCUGCUAAAGCGGCGGAGAAGGCAGCACUUCUGCUUAGGUUCGCUGACGUUUUUGGAGCCGCGCCGCUGGUGCAAUCCAAAACAUAUGGAUCAAGGAAAUUCACCGAUAUUGCCGUCUUGUCGAAGGAUGACGCCGACCGUGUGGUCACUAUUCGUGCCCGCGUUGACACAACACGGAAGAAGGGGAAGCUUGCAUUCACUGUGCUGCGCGAUGGAGUCCACUCCCUUCAGGCUAUGGCUGCCGUGUCGGAGGAGGUACCGAAGGAGAUGGUGGAUUUUAUCGGUCAACUGCCGUGCGAGUCUGUUGUUGAUGUAGAAGGAACCGUAUGUAUCGCAGCUCAACCUAUUACGUCCACCUCGCAACAGGACAUCGAAUUAAGGAUCAAUCGCAUUCAUGUAGUGAGUGAGGCGCUGCGCGUGCUUCCGUUUACACUCGCUGACGCUUCCCGCCGUGAGGAUGAGGAAGGCAUUAAGAUCAACUUCGAUACGCGCCUUGCGUGCCGCUGGUUGGACCUCCGUUCCCCCGCAUCCAAUGCCAUAUUCAGAAUCCAAUCUCGGGUGGGGCAGUACUUCCGUCAGUUUCUCAUUGAUAGCGAAUUUGUGGAGAUUCAUUCCCCAAAGAUCAUUGCGACAGCGAGCGAGGGUGGUGCCAACGUAUUCAAGCUGGGGUACUUCAACCGUGACGCAUAUUUGGCGCAGUCUCCGCAACUUUAUAAACAGAUUGCGCUCCAGGGUGACUUGAAGCGAGUUUUUGAGGUGGGGCCCGUGUUCCGUGCAGAGAACAGCAACACCCACCGCCACCUGACGGAGUUUGUGGGACUUGACGUGGAGAUGCGGAUCAAUGAGCACUAUUACGAAGUGCUUGACUUGGCUGAAGAGCUCUUCUGUCACAUGUUUGAGCGCCUAUCAGGACACAACGCGGAGUUGGAGGCCAUCAAGCGGCAGUACCCGUUCGAACCACUUGUGUGGCAGAUGUCAGCAGAACGCAUGAAAGAGUUAGGUGUCGGUGCCAUUGAAGAGGACACGGAGCCAACCGACACGUACAAGGCGCGUGUUCGCAAUAGCAACCUUCGCAUGCUUCGCAUUAAUUAUCCGGACUGUGUUGCGCUUCUAAAUACCGUACUGGAAACUAAGCUGGACCCAACUGAUGACAUAAACACCACCAACGAAAAACUCCUUGGCAAGUUGGUCAAGGAGCGCUACGGAGUGGACUUCUUCAUUUCGGACCGGUUUCCAUCGGCUGCGCGGCCCUUCUACACGAUGCCGUGCCCCAAUGAUGAGCGUUUCACCAACUCGUUUGACAUGUUUAUCCGAGGCGAGGAGAUAUCAAGUGGUGCACAGCGUAUUCACGAUGCCUCCUUGCUGCUCCAACGCGCCCAGUCGCUGCAAGUGGAUCUUGGACCUGUCAGCGACUACGUGGACUCCUUCAGACUUGGGGCAUGGCCGCAUGGUGGAUUUGGUGUUGGACUCGAGCGCGUGGUAAUGUUGUACCUUGGUUUACACAACGUACGUCUGACGUCGCUCUUCCCGCGCGACCCGCAGCGUGUGACACCGUAG